AUGGAGGAGGCCAUAGUUCUGUACCCAUCACCCCCCAUUGGCCAUCUGAUCUCUAUGGUGGAGCUAGGCAAACUCUUAUUGACCCAUCAACCUUGCCUUUCUAUUCACAUACUCAUUACUUCUGUGCCCUAUAAUUCUGGCUCCACUGCCCCAUACAUUGCGGGCGUUGCUGCCACCAUUCCCUCGAUCAAAUUCCACCAUCUUCCCACCGUAACCCUCCCUACGACAAACACCACCCACCAUGAAGAACUCACUUUGGAGGUCCUUCGCCUCAGCAAUCCUCACGUUCGGGAAGAACUCUUGUCCAUCUCCGAAAACUACACCAUUCAUGGCCUUAUUAUGGACUUCUUUUGCACUGCUGCUCUCUCUGUUGCCAAAGAACUCAAUAUCCCUGGCUACCAGUUCUGCUCUUCUGGCGCUGGGAUUGUCGCUAUUUUCCUUUAUUUACCAACCAUUCAUAACUCCACCACCAAAAGUUUUAAAGAUCUUAACUCCCUUCUAAAUUUUCCAGGCGUGCCACCAAUACAGUCCGCUGACAUGCCAUUGCCAUUGCUCGAUCGCCAUGAUAAGGCCUAUGAAUACUUCAUAGAUUUCUCCACUCGCUUCCCUGAAUACGCAGGUGUUUUAGUGAAUACAUUUGAGUCACUAGAAGCCAGAGCCGUGAAAACAAUUUCAGAGGGAGUGUGUGUGCCGGAUAAUCGCACCCCACCGAUUUACUGCAUCGGACCAUUGAUAGCAACAGAAGGUCGAAAAGAUGAUACAGACCAUUGCAAUGGUAAACUCGAGUGUUUAACAUGGCUUGACUCGCAACCAAGUGAAAGUGUUGUUUUUCUGUGUUUUGGUAGUUUGGGGCUGUUCUCCAAGGAACAGUUAAGAGAAAUAGCUCUCGGGUUGGAGAGAAGUGGCCAAAGGUUCUUGUGGGUGGUUCGGAAUCCACCUUCCGAUGAAAAAACCGUAGCACUCUCGGCACAACCAGACCCUGAUUUAGACUCGCUGCUCCCCGAAGGUUUCUUGGAUCGGACCGAGGAGAGGGGACUCGUGGUGAAGUCAUGGGCUCCGCAAGUAGCGGUAUUGAACCAUCCGUCAGUAGGUGGUUUUGUGAGUCAUUGUGGAUGGAACUCUGUGCUCGAAGCAGUUUGUGCGGGAGUGCCAUUGGUGGCUUGGCCACUAUACGCCGAGCAAAGACUCAAUAGGGUCUUAUUAGUGGAGGAAAUGAAACUUGCUUUGCCGAUGAACGAAUCUGAUGGCGGGUUUGUGAGUGCGGCCGAGGUGGAGAAGCGAGUUAGAUGGCUGAUGGAGGCGGAGGAAGGUAAGUUAAUUAGGGAGCGAACCGUUGCUAUGAAAAAUGCAGCCAAGGCUGCAUUGAGUGAGGGUGGCUCUUCUCGGGUUGCUUUGUCCGAACUUGUUGAGUCAUGGAAACAUAAAUGA